AAACGCUACAUUGCCAUUUGUGGAGAACCGGUUUCACCGCUCUCACCAUAACUUGAAAUCAUUACUGGGUUUAGUGCUGUCCUUGACCUUUGCUUCACUUACUGGGAUUAUUUCAGAACUUUUAUCUCAUAUAUUCUUCCUCUUCUUCAAACAUGGGUUGUGUCCACGGGAAGUGCUGUGGCCGCAAUCCAUCUUCAUCCAAUCGCGAUAUCCGAGAUUUUCGUGACUCAGGUCCGUGCAGUAGCAACGGCGUCCAUGUUCUCGGGAAUUAUCGACACAUACUCACCGAGAGAUCAUUGGAGCUUGCUCCUGUGCCUUCCCACAACUUCCAAUUAGAGUAUUCAUCCCUCACGCAACGAGGCUACUACCCGGACCAACCUGACAAAGAAAACCAAGAUAGUUUCUGCAUCAAAACCCAAGUCCAAGGUAACCCAAAUCUCCAUUUCUUUGGUGUCUACGAUGGGCACGGCCACUUUGGCACCAAAUGUUCUCACUUUGUUAAAAAUAGGCUGAUAGAGAUCCUCUCUGAGGAUUCAGCAUUGUCAGAAGAUCCUGUUAAGGCAUAUAAUUCUGCAAUCCUAGCUACAAAUUCCGAACUUCACAAUUGUGAAAUAGACGAUUCAAUGAGUGGUACCACUGCAAUUACCGUUUUUGUCCGUGGGGACACCCUUUUUGUUGCAAAUGUGGGUGACUCAAGGGCCGUAAUUGCUGUUAAGAGUGGAAAUCGUGUUGUCGCUGAGGACCUCUCUCACGACCAGACACCAUUUAGGAAAGAUGAAUGUGAGAGAGUGAAGCUUUGUGGGGCUAGGGUUUUGAAUAUAUCUCAGCUGGAAGGUGACACUGAUCCUGAAAUUCAGAACUGGGGGGAUGAUGAUAGUAGUUGUUUUGAUCCCCCAAGGCUUUGGAUGCCGAAUGGGUUGUACCCUGGAACCGCAUUUACAAGGAGCGUCGGUGAUAGUACAGCCGAGAAGAUUGGUGUGAUUGCUGCUCCUGAGGUCUCAGUUGUUCAACUCACACCUAAUCAUUUGUUCUUUGUAAUUGCUAGUGAUGGAGUUUUUGAGUUCCUCUCUAGCCAAACCGUUGUCAAUAUGGUGUUGAGGUUCACAGAUCCUCGAGAUGCAUGUGCUGCCAUUGCUGGAGAAUCUUACCGGCUAUGGUUAGAACAUGAAAACAGAACUGACGACAUCACAAUCAUCAUAGUACAUAUCAAGGGUUUAUCAAAUUCAGGUGCUGGCAGUACUGAUCAAACUCGUGGGGUUAUUCUGCAGACAACUCCAUUGACAACAGGAAAAGGAUCUGCGAAUCUGUCCGGGGGAUCCGGAAUGUACCGAUCAGUGAGAAGCAAUUUCUCAGAUUAUCACUCGUGUCAGCUCAACUUCCAAACAGAGCGGAGUCAUGCGUUUGUUGUUUCAUCUUCAACACAUUCCAGUGUCUUAAGCUAGAUGGAUUUAAGGAAGUUUCUUCACUGCAUCCUGUUUCAUCAGCAUUUCAAGAUAAUUUGACUAACAGGUUACUGAUCUGGUGGCAAAUAUGGUUUGACGACGGCAUGUUUGGUGUACCAUCCAAGAUCUGCCCAUAUACUCAACCCAGACUAAAAUUUCAUGUUGGCUUGUAAUUUGUACAAUAGAGAGCGCACUGAUCAUGUUUCUACACCAUCGACAAAUGAGGUUUCGAUUAUUCAAGACUACCCAGCUUACAUGUAUAUACUUGAACCUGCUCAUUCAAUGUGAAGGUGAAGUGGAUAUUAGUUUGGGAGGUAUUGCGAAGCAUAUGCAAAAGGUUACCUAUCUAGAGAAGAGCUAUGAAGCUGGGGUUGGGGUUGUGGAUAACAAUAAGGUAGGAAGAUGGAGAAGGUGAUGACAUGUUCCACUUUGCACUAAAUUUGGGAAGAAACAUUUAUUCAUGAUGUAGAAAGUCCAAAUAAUAAUUCGAUUCAAAUUUCAUUUCACUUCUCAUCAUCCAUAUAUCCAAUUCUACAUGUAAU